AUUCAUGGCCAAGAGCACAUUAUUUCCUGUUACAAAUGUUCACUGUUCAAUAGUUAAAAAUACAAAGUUUAAUUCUAAAUUUACUUUGAUAUGAGUUUAUUGAAAUUGUAUUUUGUACUAUUUCUAUCUUACUUUAUUAUUAUCUGGAUAUUUAUCAACACCGUUUAAUUGCUAUAACGGAGGUUAUUUGAAACACUCUUGCAUGGUUUUAAAUAAUAUUUGAUAUUGGAUUAGGACGCCGAGUAUAAAUUCACAAGUCGCAUAGAAAAACAUUUCAUAUAAGUUUCUUGGAAUAUACACGUGAGAAAUUUGCAGCGUGCAAGUGUUUGUUUAUACUUGAAUAAAGACUAUAAAAACCAAGAUGGGAAAAGUAACAAAGGAGCUAUUUCUUAUACUUUUGGGUGCAUUGUCUGUAACAGCACUCGAUGUAACAAUCAACACAGAAGUUACCAUCAUUUGCCCGCUAUCAGGUGUUGAAUAUCCAGACUGGACUGGUCCAACAACAUUAGCUACCCCUUUAACGAGUGGGGAAAACAUAAGCGAGCCAGGUAUAGAGUGGGUUGGUAAAAAGGACUUAAAAAUACUGAGUGCGCAGACGAAACACACAGGACAAUACACAUGCUCCAAAGACAAUAGAGAAGGUCUUGCAGAGCCUAUAAAUGUUUUAACUUAUGACGUGACAGUUACCUUCCUAAACGUAGAUGUAGAAGAAGGAAUGGACACAGAACGUCUUAUAGGUGAGAUUGACCAAAAAAUGAAUGUCACAUGCCAAGUAAACGGAGGUAACCCAGCACCUACUGUGACACUGGCCUUUGAUGAUGACGUCACAGCCCCGCCAGAAAUGAGCCCGCCAUUAAUAUCAGAAGCGAUGACUGAAGAAAACACAUACAGUGUUAACGCCACUGUGACGUUCAACGCUAAUGGCUCCGUCGACUACAAACACAUAGUAUGUUCAGCUUCUUACCAGGAUAAAAACUCAACAGAUAAGAAAGUGCUUAUAUAUUUACUCCGUCGACCUCUGCUUAAUGCGCUAUCAAUAAGCAAAUAUCCUUCCUUAUUGUCAAACCAAAUGGAAGCAACCUGUGAUACAACAAGCAGGCCUGAAACCAAAUUAGACUGGAUUAUAGGUGGUAAAAAUAUAACGGAAUCUGAACUCGAUGUUGUAGAAAACUACCAAGGAUGUACGCAGGAUUCAACAACUUACAUAUUCACCUGCAAAUCAAAUAUAACAAUUGAUGAUAUUAAAAAAGAAGACAAUGGGAAGGAAAUUAGCUGUGGACUUACCUUCCAGGGUGAAACGUCAAAUUCACCAGUAGCGAAAAUCAAUCUACCGUUUCGUGCAACAAAUGUUACAAUUACUGGCAAUAACACUGGAGUUGUUGACAGCGGUGGUAGCGUAACUCUGACCUUGACCUGUGCGACCGAUGCCGCGAACCCGGCAGAAACUCUACGUUGGUAUAUAGGAACUGAAAAACGUGAAGUAAACAGUACAUAUCCUACUGUAGAAGUGGAUGAGAUGUAUAAUGGAAAGAAUGUAUCCCAGAAAAUCGACAUUGUGGCAAACAGGACGAUGAACGAUGAACAAGUUUCAUGUUGUGCAUAUGACAAUUUUUGCACUGAUGUUAUAUUAGAAAUACAGUAUCCACCCGAGCUGCUAGCACCACAGCUGUCCGAAUAUAGAGCGUAUGCUGGGGACAAUAUAUCCAUUCCAUGUAUUGCCGACAGUAGUCCAGCCGCACAUAUCGCCUGGUAUCGCAUGGAAGAUCAAAAUUCUACACAUAUCAGCAAUAAUACAGACGACCCAUCUAAUGUCUUCUAUCUUCAGAUAGUGAACAUCUCAAAUAUGGAUGCCACGGAUUAUAUAUGCAAAGCUUGGAGCCAGCUACAAGAUGUGAGUAAAGCAGUGUCUAAAUCAACCAAACUUACUGUUUUUGAUAAGCCAGCCGAACCAGUUGUAGAAACAACAGUUGAUGCCGAAAAAUAUUACAUUGAAAUUAAAACCAGCGCUUCUGCUCCUGAUGUACCUCGUAAAUUUUACAUCCAGUAUCGAAAAGUAGGAGAGAUGUCCUGGCGUGAAGUUAGUACAGGUUAUGAAGAUACCCUUCCUGGACAGGAAUCAACGACAUACAGCCACGGCUUCAAGAAAAGCGAGCUUGAACCUGACAGUGAUUAUGAAUUCAGAGUGAAGUCGGUAGAUGAUUAUGGAUUGGUUUCAUAUUCAUCGAAGUCUUCGAUUCGGACAGAGAAAGAGGUUGUUUCGCAAGAAGAUGACAUGGUUAGCAUGACAAAGUACAGAAAUGCGAUCAUUAUUUCUGUAUUUGCAACCGCUGCUGUUUUCCUGAUUAUUCUCGUCGUUAUAACAUGUGCCCUCAAAAAUGGAAAAUGUGCGAGUUCGAGUAGUAAAUCGUAUGUCAUGUGAACAGAUGAAAAGAUUCCAAAUUUGGAACAAUAGUAAACAUUACAGUGGGAUAAACGCCAACUUUUGCUAAAGAACAACAUUAUUUUACUGGGAUAAUAUUGAGUUUUCAAGAGAUUAUUGUAAAUGUGCAAUAUUUGUUUAUCAUCACACAUAGGAAAUGGACGUUUGUGUAUUUGUUACUUUGCUGAGGUAAAAGUGAGAACUUUGUAUAAAAGUCAUCAAUUUUAGUCCAACGUAGGGUUUCCCUAGACAGUAUAUAUAAUGUAUUUUAGUCGAUGUAAAAAGAUUAAAUGAUUUAGAUCCGAAGUCAACAAGUAACCAUGUUAACAAAUGAAGUGCAGUUAUACAAGUAAUAAUCAAAACCGGUUCUAGUUGAUAUAAUAGGGUAUAGUCAUCGUAUGAAAAUAAAGUGCGGCUUGACAAUAAAGUUUAUUGCAAGGCUAAUGGCGGCAGAAUGUUUGCUUGCGUUUGAGGAAUCUCAGUAUAAAAAUAAAGCCCGCGUAAGAGGUCUGCCCCUUGUACUUUUCAAAAGAUUGUCAUUGUUGCUUACAGUAUGUAAAACUGAAGACAAAAAGUCGAUAAGUUACGUUUGAUUUUCCUGCAUUUAGUAGUAUACAUGUUUGCAUUAUGUUUUAUUAUCUUACGGCUUCAAGAAUUAUCUUUUGCAAUCCGCAUAAUAACAUAUCGUCCCCUUAAAGCAAAAAGGUACCAUGUGCUGAUAAUUAAAGACGGUUAAGGCACCCUUUUUACAUUAAGGGGGAGAUAUAAUGCAGUAGGAUCAACAUUUAUGCAUCAAGGUAAUUAACAUACAGAAUUGCUUCUUAUAUCCUUUUUUGACGAAAUAUUUCAAUUUUUAUACUUUGUAAAGGGCGUGUUAGCUUUUAAAACAGAUGUGCAUUUUGAACAAUAAAAAACAUAUGUAACCGGAAAUAAGAUAAAAGCGGACGAAUAAAGGUGUUUUGCUUCGGGAAAUGUCAGUGAAAAUCUUAUUAAUUUAUAUAUGGAGUGCAUUGAGUAAUUGGUCGAUUUUUUUUGCAAGGAUGUUAGUUUUGAAUCUAGUUUUGAUUGAUAGCAGGAUGCAUUAUUAGCAUAUGAAUUUGUAUCUCUCAGUAUACGAGGAAUAAUCGAAAAGAAAUACAAAAAAUAUUUCCAUUUAUUCAAUUUUUAAGUUGGAUAAACGGUUGGAACACGAUUGUAAAGUUUGACGAAUUUUAUUGCAAGAUUUCAAAAUAUUGCAACAGCUCACAAUUUUUUUGGUUCGCUACGAUUUUGUUAUAUUCUGAAUGUUUCGUAACCGUUAUGUAAUCCCAAAGAGUAAUGGCCAAAAACUGUCCCUUUUAGCUAAAGUACUCAGUAGUUACUAAAGGGAACCCGAAAAAUCAUAUAGUCAAAAAAACAAGAAUCUUUUUACACGGACCCAGUUGCAUUACGUGUGAAAAUUAAAAUGCCAUUUGUACAUGUUUUACAUAGGAAGGGACAUUAGAAACAUUGUUUGAUUUUAUUACAUUAAGAAUGGAGAUUCCAUUGCAAUUAUUUGUGUUUCAUAGUAUAUUGUUAAAUUAUUCUUCUUCUAAUUUCGCAUUUCGAAAAUUGCUUGUUUGUUUGUAUUUAUGUUGUUUUUCUUCUCAUGACAGUUGAUUUAUUUUCAUUUAAAUACUCCAAAAAUGCAUUUUCCCCAUUUUUGUAUGGUGAUGGUUGCUGGAAAAUAGCUUUAAUUAUUCAUAUAAGUCGUUCAAAAGGCAUACUCGCAUCGAUUCUUUUUCAUUCAAUUUAUUACCAUGUUUUUGUGUUAUCCAUUUCGACUUGUACAUUUGCCACUUGAACACGGACAGUUUCUGAUAUACAGAGUCAGCCAUCCUCUAAAACACUGCUUUAUUUUAGAUAUUUACAAAUUAUGUAAUUUCAGUCUUAUAUUACGAAUUUUAAUAUAUAGCUAAACUUUCUUAUGAACUGUAUUAUUUAAUGCAGUGGGAGGACCCCAAACUACAUGUGUCGUGUAAUAACUGACUCCACUUGUGAGUAAUUUGAUAUUUUAAAGUUGAGGUAGUGGACCCUUAAUGACAAAUAGCAUUUUCCGUUCGAUCAGUGACGCACG